CUUUGAGGAAAGGACCGCACUGUUGCAAUGCACUCAGAUAACUUUUAAACUUUAUGUUCUACUUCGUCGAGAAAUUACUAGCAUUGCUCCAGUAAGUGUUCUAGACAGCACGCGACUUUAAAUCGAACUACGUCUUAAGAACUCUGGACCAUAUCCGCUUUUCAAGACGAGAGAUAAAUGUUCGCUCCAGACUCAGUUUACCAGUCAGCCCGAGAUUGACUGAUGUCUCCGAGUCCAAACCUUCCGUUCCUAAUCGAUGUUGUUGGCCAGGCUGCACAGGGCUGGGCUGUGAGGACGUCACAGGGAGCUGCAGGGGUCGUGGUGGUCGCCGUGGUAGCCGGACAUGCCCGGGGGCCGCAGGGGUCCAAGUAGACAGCAGCUGAGCCGCUCGGCUCUGCCCUCCCUGCAGACGCUGGUGGGCGGCGGCCUCAGCAACGGCACAGGCCUCCGCAGUAGGAGCAGUAACUCUGUGGGUCUCUCGGCUCCGCCCCUCACAGCCCUCAUCACGCCAGAGCCUGUCCGUCACUCUCGAAUCCCCGACCUCCCAUUGGACAGCAGUCUGCUUUUCGAGUUCCUCCUCUUCCUUUACCUGCUGGUGGCAUUGUUUGUGCAGUACAUCAACAUAUACAGGACUGUAUGGUGGUACCCUUAUAGCCACCCUGCUGCCUCUACCUCUCUGAACUUCCAUCUGAUGGACUACCACCUGGCCAUUUUUAUCACCGUGAUGUUGGCCAGGAGACUUGUGUGGACCAUCAUUUCAGAGGCGUCUCAGGCAAGCCCCUCCUCUCUAGUGCACUACGUGGUUCUGAUAGCGGCCCGGCUCAGCCUGCUAACCCUGUGCGGCUGGGUUCUGUGCUGGACACUCGUCAACCUUUUCAAGAACCACUCGGUGCUCAACCUGCUCUUCCUGGGCUACCCGUUUGGAGUGUAUGUGCCACUGUGCUGCUUCCAUCAGGAGGGUCGCUCCCAGCCAGCCCCUACCGAGUGCGGAUACUCGGAGCAGGAGUCGUCCGACGGACCGCUUCUUCGGCCCAAAGACUUCCUGACGCUUCUGCGGGAAAACCUGCGCGAACAGUUUUCCAGUCCCGCCCAUGUCCCCGCCCACACCUGCCCCCCGUCGCCCGAACUCAUCCGUAGCGAGGUAGAGGAGCUCAAGAGCGACUUCAACCGGCGUAUUAAGGAGGUGCUCUUCAACUCCCUCUUCAGCGCCUACUAUGUGGCCUUUCUCCCUCUCUGUUUUGUUAAGAGUACACAGUACUACGACAUGCGCUGGUCGUGUGAGCACCUGAUCAUGGUGUGGAUCAAUGCCUUUGUCAUGCUGAUGAGUCAGCUGCUGCCGCCCAGCUACUGCGACCUGCUGCACCGCUCCGCCUCACACCUGGGCCGCUGGCAGAGGCUGGAGCACGGCUCCUACAGCAACGCUCCUCAACACAUGUGGUCAGAGAGUACUAUCUGGCCUCAGGGCGUGUUGGUGCGACACAGCCGCUGUUUAUACAAAGCCGUGGGGCCUUACAAUGUGGCGUUGCCUUCUGAUGUGUCUCACGCCAGGUUUUAUUUCCUGUUUCAUAAACCCUUGCGGAUCCUGAACCUCCUGAUAGGGAUAGAGUUGAGCGUGGUCCUGUAUCAGCUUUACUCACUGCUACGCUCAGAGCGUUGGAACCAUACCCUGUCUCUGGGCCUCAUCCUCUUCUGCAACUAUUACGUGCUAUUCAAACUGCUGAGGGACCGUAUCGUCCUAGGCAAGGCCUACUCUUACCCCCUCAGCAGCAACAGCCUGGGCCUGAAGUCUCAGUGAAGCCCCGGCAAAGGGUGGUAGGGCUUGGCCUUCAAACUACCAUCCCUCCCCCUACCCCUGCUUGCCUGGGGACCUAGAGAUUGGUGCAGGAGCCAGGGAUGAAAUGACUGUGAACUCACACUGUUUUGUUUUUUUUUUUUUGAUACGGUUCUAUUUUUCAUGCGAUGUUUAUAUCUAUUUAAGAAAAUAUUUUUAUUUUGUAUACUGUUACA